AUGCUCAAGUCACUACCCAAGAAGUCUCUGGCGUACCAGAUUCAACAAAACGUUCUCUCCAACCGCACCACUAAGUCGAACAGCUCCGCCAAGAUGCCGCCAAAGGACGCAAAGAAGCCGAAGCCUGCGAAGGAGGAGCCCUCCACUCCCGAGAAACCCAAGGCCAAACCGAAGUCAAAGGUAGAAGCUCCAAAGGUAGAGACUCCGAAGAAGGCCGUGAAAGCCAAAGACGAGACACCCAAGAAGCCCGCGAAAGUCAACGAUGAGACGCCCAAAAAGACUUCGCAGAAGAAGAAAGGAGAUGCCAAGCUCGACACGAGUGAGUUCCUGGUACUGCAGACCGAUACCACUGGUGGUGCGGUCCCUGUCGAGAUCAAGAUUAGCGGCGAAUCUCUCCAGGCCGACUACUACGAGAAAAGCAAAAAACACACGAAGAUUUUGCAGAUCCGCGGCGAGGCUGGCUUCGCCUUCACCAAGACCGUGAUGCUCACCGAGGGCCCGUAUGCCGGUCACCAAGCUAUCUUGCUCCGCCCCGCCAAGGCGAUGGAGUUCCUCAAGUUCCCCGACGAGGUGCGCAACCGCAUCUAUCGCCACUACUUCGCCUGCCAGGCUGUUCAGAACGAGGAGAUUGUCCUUGAUGGCAAGCGCAAGGAAACGAAGGAGUCCUAUGCCACGUUUUAUGCCAAGACCUACUGCGAGAAGCAGAAGGACCGCGUAGCGCUGUUGCGCGUGAACAAGGAGGUCUACAAUGAAGCGCUUGGCGUCUUGUAUGCCCAACCCAUCAAGUUCGAAUCCACGCAGUCUGUCAGCGACUUCAUGAGUCUCGUGUCCAAGGACGUCUCGCCGCGCUUGCGCCGCCUUGAGAUCGUCAAUUACAAAACCAGCUCAAGCCGUAACGCCUGGCACUUCCUCGCCGAAUGCAAGAACCUGCGACGCUUGACCAUCCACUCCGGCGUCUUCGCCGAGGGCGACCCAGUCAAGGCCGCGAAAAUCUUCCACGCGGACACCUACAAGUUCUUCGCCGCUAUCGGCACGGCUAAGGGCGACAAGGCCGCAGGUGUUGAUCUUCUUCACUUCUCCAAGGGCGCCUUCACUUAUCGUGACGAGAAGAAGGUGACCAAGAAUUGGUCGGAGGAGAUGGUGGAGGAGUUCAAGGACAAUCUCAAGAAGAAGCUGAACCCCAAGCCCAUCGCCCCCAACAGCUUCACCUACUUCUCCAACCUCGAGGCUGAGGUCAAGGAUGAGGCCAAGACUGUCACACCAGCACCUACCACUCCCAUCCCAGCUCCACCUGCACCGAUCUCGCAUGACGGCAAAACCCCUGCACCAACGUCACCAGACUCCACCUCUGCAUAA